GAUUAUCACGGCUUGUUUAUUUGCAUUUAGACUUUUUGUCCCGCUUUGUGAAAUAAUGGCGGUGAGGCCACUUAUUCCGGCCCUUGCGGAAAGGGCUCGGAAAGAUUUUGGUGAGACCCCGGAUCUGCUCCAGGCCAAACUCCAAGAAAUCAAGGACUGGAUCGCGACACAACCUCAUCUCCGUGCCAGAACAGAUGACCAAUGGCUUACUGCAUUUCUACGAGGAUGCAAAUUCAAAGUUGACCAAGCUAAAAAGAAGAUAGACCUCUAUUAUUCUGUGCGAAGCACGAACCCAGAAAUAUACACCAUGAAGCAUAACGAUCCUAAACUGAAACAAGCAUUAGAUUUAGGGUCUGCAAUAAUACUGCAAAAAUUAAAGGAGCCGGCCGCACCGAGACCCUAUCUCCUUCGCCUCGGCAGUUACAACUCGAAGGAGUGGCACAUCUAUGACAUUAUGACAGCUGCUAAUUUUCAGUUACAGGUUUGCUUCAUGGAGGACGACAAUUUAUCGGUGGCCGGCUUGACGACUAUCAUAGACGUGAGGAACACGCACCUAAGUCACUACCUUCAAAUCACUUUUAAGACAUUGAGAUGUCUUCUGAGAGCUUAUCAGGAAGCCAUGCCGAUUAGAAUCAAAGAUACCCAUAUAAUCGGUUCCUUCUACUUGUUUGAAGCAAUCAUGAACAUUGCUAAAAGAUUUUUGAGCAAUAAAAUAAAUAAACGAAUUAUGGUGCACAGUAACAUGGAGUCUUUGUACAAACACCUCCCAAAAGAGAUACUACCGGCAGAGCUGGGAGGAACGGGCUCGACGUUACAAGAGAACAUAGACUAUUGGAAACAUAAGUUUGAUGACUACAGGGAUUUCUUUGAAGAAGACUUGCAGUACGCCACAGACGAGUCUCUUCGAGAAAUGGAACAGAAGAGCAAAAUACAAGACUUCGAUUAAUUCAUAAAAUAAAAUUGUAUGUAAAAAAUUUUUAUUAUUUUC